AGGUCUAAGUCCAGUGCCAGGUUUUUCAGCGGCCUCUGUCUGUGUCUGGCAGCAGCGCAGCAUGAAAGCAGUGGGAAACAGAAACACUAUGGCUGCCACUCUGUCUCUUACUCAGCUCUCCAGUGGAAAUCCUAUCUAUGACAAAUACUAUCGACAGGUUGAUCCGACUGGCAGUGGGCGUGUGGCCGCGGCCGAUGCAGCUCUGUUCCUGAAGAGGUCGGGCUUGGCUGACCUGAUCCUGGGGAAGAUCUGGGAUUUGGCUGACUCUGAACGUAAAGGUUCCCUUAACAAACAGCAAUUCUUUAUAGCAUUGAGGUUGGUAGCCUGUGCUCAAAAUGGCCUGGAGGUGGCACUCAAGAGCCUUAAUGUGGCUGUUCCUCCCCCCAAAUUUAAUGACACAAGCAGCCCGCUGUUAGCAGGAGGAGUGGCUGUUGACAUACCCUGGGUUGUCAAACCUGAGGAGAAAAUGAAAUUUGACACCAUCUUUGACAGUCUUGGUCCAGUGGGAGGGAUGCUAACAGGAGACAAGGUUAAGCCUGUCCUGCUUAACUCCAAACUGCCAGUGGACAUCCUUGGCAGGGUGUGGGAGCUCAGUGACCUCAACAGAGAUGGCAUGUUGGACAAAGAUGAAUUUUCUGUGGCCAUGUAUUUGGUGUACAGAGCUUUGGAGGGGGAGCCUGUUCCCAUGUCCCUACCACCUCCCCUGGUUCCACCCUCCAAGAGGAAAAAACCCUCGGUGCCUCCCGCGAUGCCCCUGUUACCCUCGCCCCCCUCCGUCAAAGACAGUCGCUCCUCCCAUGCUGGCUCUAAGACCAUGCCCCACCCCCCUAAACCCGCCCCAGCUCCUGUCCCAGCACCAGCAGCCGCCUCUUGGGUGGUGUCGCCAGCAGACAAAGCCAAGUACGAUGAACUCUUCAACAAGACAGACAGUGACCUGGAUGGGCUGGUGUCUGGACCUGAAGUCAGAGAUAUCUUCCUCAAGACCGGGCUGUCCUCUGCCACACUCGCACGCAUCUGGGAGCUGUGUGACAUUGGAGACAUCGGGAAACUGACACGAGAGCAGUUUGCCCUGGCACUUCAUCUAAUCAACCAGAAGCUGACAAAAGGCCUGGACCCUCCGCAGAGCCUCUCCCAAGAGAUGAUCCCUCCAUCUGACAGACAAAACAUCAAACAGAACAAUGCGGCCAACCUGGCAGCUGACUUCUCAGCCAUCAAGGAACUGGACUCUCUCAGUAAUGAGAUUGUUGAACUACAAAGGGAGAAGAGCUCUGUGGAAGAGGAGAUCAAGGAAAAGGAGGAGGCCAUCAGACAGCGUAGCAGUGAAGUGCAGGACUUACAAGAUGAGGUGGCGAAGGAGAGCGAGGAGCUGCAGCGGCUCCAGGCUCAGCGUCAGAAGGUCCAGGAGGCCUUGGAGGAGCUGGACCAACAGAAGGGCUCCCUGGAGGAGCAGCUGAAUCAUAUUCGCCAACAAACCAGUCAGGAGACACAACUGAUCUCAUCGCUGCAGUCGGAGCACGAGGAGCAGGAACAGAGGAUAUGUCAGUAUGAGGAGGAGCUGGUUCAGGCCAGAGAAGAGCUCCUUGCUCUGCAGGAGGAGAGCAGGAGGCUGCAGGAGAAAGUCCAAUCUGCUCAGGAGCAGCUCACACCUCUGCAAGAGUCUGUGCGAGACUCCUUCACACAAGUUUCACAGGUUCAACAGAAACUGAACGACCUCCAGGUGGAGGAAAGGUCAGUGACAGCCCAGCUCAGCUGGAAGAGAGCCCUGGAGGACAGCUCUCCUGUCAUGGUCAAUGGAUCAGCAGGUCCUAUUGCAGAGCUGCACCAGGGGGACCCCUUUCAACAGGACCUCUUCCAGGAUGACCAGCCUAAAGAGCUGAAGGAGGAAGAACCAGCUGCUGUUUGCAAUCUUCAGAAAGAACAUUCAGAUCAAAAUGAGAAAGGAGAGGAAGAAGAGAAGGAGGAUGAGAGUCCAAAUACACAAGAGGAAGAAAAGCCAAAGCCUGAUGCCUUGGAUGAUCUGUAUACUAGUCUAGCCUCUUCUGAUAUGUACAAUAGUCUGUCAACCCUCUCCAAGCAACGGGACAACACUGUUAUGGAACACAGUAGUCCUGAAGUCUCCUCUGAAGUUGCAGAUGAUAUAGAGGAAUCCUCUAAAGAGAGCCCACCAAAGGUUGCAUCACCAGAGCAAGAGAGCAAACAGGAGCCAGCAGAGUCCACAGAAACCACCACCUCCUCGUUACCACCUCAAGUCGGCCCUCGCUCUGUGCCGCCACAGACCAGCCCUCCCUCCCUGCCUGAGAUGGACUUCUUCCAUUCAGACCCUUUUACUGACCAUGAUCCAUUCAAAGAUGAUCCAUUUGGAAAAGCAGAUGUUGCAGAUCCAUUUGGAGGAGAUCCGUUUAAAGGGACAGAUCCCUUUGCUGCAGACUCUUUCUUCACACAGACCUCCAGCGCCCCCUUUUCCUCAGAAGACCCUUUCUCUGCCUCAGCUGACCCGUUCGGUACCACUGCUGGCAUGCCAGAACCAGACCUGUUUGCAGCCAAGCUCAAUGACACGGCGGCUGCACCAGAAGCCGGUUCCGAUCCUUUCACCUCCAAACCUAACAAUCCGGCCUUAGCAGGCACGGAUCCAUUCAGCUCCGCAGGAAGCGGUGUGGCUGAGUCUGACCCGUUUGGAGGCAAAGCCAACGCCAUGGCUGAAGCAGAUCCUUUCAGUUCUCAGGAUGGAGGGACAGAUCCCUUCAGCUGCUCACCAGCCAGCUCUGAUAUGGCAGUGAAGGACGUUGCAGCAACCAAUGACCCCUUCGCUCCAGGUGGUACUACAGUUAGCGCCAGCUCAGAUCCAGAUCCGUUUGCUGCCGUGUUUGGUAAUGAAUCAUAUGGAGGAGGCUUUGCAGAUUUCAGUGCCUUGGCUAAGUCAAAUGGUGCUGACCAGUUCGGCAUCAACAAUAAGAACCUGUUCCAGGAAGACAGUCAGUCUACCAGCCCCGACAUCCCCCCUGCCCUGCCCCCAAAAACGGGUACGCCAACCAGACCACCUCCUCCACCUCCAGGUAAGAAAUCGUCCAUCUCCAGGACAGAGUCCUCUGACUCCUUCCACCGACGAGGGCACUUCCUCCCACAGCCUUCGGGAGACUUCUCCUCCUCUUCCUCCUCGCCCUCCCUGCCUGCCAAGGAUCCUUUAGCCGACCCCUUCGCCCCUUCCUCCCCUCCUCGCCACAACGUACGGGAAGCUGACCGAUUUGCCAGCUUCGACAAAUAUCCAACAGAGGAAGACAUGAUAGAGUGGGCAAAGCGCGAGAGCGAGCGAGAGGAAAAGGAGCGGCUUGCCAGGCUCACCCAGCAGGAGCAAGAGGACCUGGAGCUGGCUAUCGCUCUCAGCAAGUCUGAACUCUCCUGAGGAGCUUGUCGACCUCCGCACACCAACCCACAGACCCCCCUCGUCCCCUCCCCUCCCCCCUCUUCCCUCCCCCGCUGGCCCGGCCCUACCCGGCCCAGCCCGGCCACAGCACAGCCAGGCCCAGCCCAGAAAGCACCAAAGCAAAAGAUGGGGACUGUAUAGGACUGACUCAGCAACACCUGCUGACCCCAUGAAGAGACUUUCUUAGAAUAAACCCAUCUCUGAAUCUUUCAGCAACCCUCACCCCCACCUCACCCACGUCCACCCACCCACUGAGACUGUGUUCGCUGUUCACUGGCAUUUUUGCAGUAUCAUGUUUUUCCAUCCCAUCAGUCUCUGUGGUUUUUGUUUGGCGAGGAGGGGAGAGGAGAGGAACAGGAUGGAGCGGAUGGAUUGUCUAACUGAAAUGCAGUGAAUACGGAUUUAGAGAUUGUCGAGUGUUAAGAUCGUCGUGCUCUGUUGAUUUCAACACCGGGCUACAUUAACUCUCCAGAAUGUAAUUUAUUUAAACCUAGAUUGAAAUGGCCUUGUCAAACAGUCUCAUCUUUAUCCACUAACCAAACUCACUACACGUUAUUAAAUCUCCGCUCUCUCUCUCUUUUUCUAGCUCCCUAAAUUCAUUCUUAGACAUUUUAUUAUUUUAUGAUAGACAUGCCAAAACAUGUUUUCUCCCAGCACACUGUUAACACUCUGAAACUCAGCCGUGAAGUGUGGGGUUUUGGAGGUGCUGCAACAAAAUCUAGGCACAAAUCUUCAACGUCCUCCUUUUCAAAUAGAGUGACCGUGUUCAUUUCCAGUCCUGCACGAUGGCCUGUGUGAUUCCUCCUUUUCUGUUUCAGGACAGGGUGAUAGAAUUCUUCAUUUCUACAUGUUUAACUGGAAGUUACCUCCUGCCCUCUGAUGUGUGAAAUGCAUGAGCAGACUUUUAUUAAAAUGGAACAAAUCCAUCGUAGCUGCCACAUUCAGCUUUACCAUACUUCAAAUUCUUAAAGUAGUGCAGAGCUUUGUCCCGCAUCUGCCCUGUGUAAUAGAGAGUUUAUUUUAUUAGAGAGUUAAACUACAUCCAUCUCAACUACAUAUUAAUUUUCAAGGCACACUACAACAGAUUGCACAAGAAUAUAACUGUUCAGUCCAACACUCAUCGUUCUAGCUUUAAAAUUGUAAUUUUGCCACCUGAAUCUUUUCAUUAAUGUGAACCUCUCAGUUCUGGGCAGUGUCUGACAUGUUUUAUAAGAUGGAAGAAUGUUAUUUUUUUGUUGAAAUGUGGCUGCAAAAUUGCAGAGGUUAGACAUUAACAGAAAUACAUGAGUUUAAAAAUCGAUCCUGAGUUGUCAUAGGUGAAUGUAUGUGUGUUGAACAGAUAGUAAACCCACUUUACCUGAUCUCUUUACUCACACAUUAAAUGAAUAGUGUUAAUAGCAUUGUUAACCCUGAUUGAUCCACACAGGUAACCUCGAUUGCCCUUCACUGGGAGGUCAGAGUCAGGCACACAGCAGAAGCCCCCGGCAGCAUGGAAGCUGCCUGGGUGACUUUUUUUUUUCUUUGUGAUUAAAGAAGUGGAUUAAAAAUAUUCUCCAAUGUCACAAAUUUCACACCAGGUCCAGUUUUCAAGUGUACCAAUGUCUGUGUUUCUUUUUCUUUUAGCAUUUGUACGGACUUGUUCUUAGUUUACCAUGAGACGCUUCCUCUCUGAGAGGCUAACUUCAUUUCAAAGUCUUACACACAAGCAGUAGUAGUGGUAGUAAGUAAAAGCCAAAGAGUGUCUCUGCGUUUUUGGUGGAGCACUUCAGGCUCUGUGGGUAUUUCACUUGCAAAAAGGCUGCAGGUGUUGAGAGGAUGAAGGCUCCUGUUGCACUGCGUCCUCGAGCAGGUUAACACCCACACAGCAGGCGGCUGGCCAGUGAUUCUUCUACUUCUUCCUCCUCUUGUUAGGUGUUUCUCCCAGAAGGUUACUUAACACUGAGUGCUAAACUGUGACAGAAGGUUUCUGACAAGGGAAGGCUCGAUCGAGCGUGCGAGGCCUUCGUUUUUCAUUUUCUUUGCUAAUUUCUGACCAAACAGUGCACAACACUUCGGACACCUCUUCCUGUUCUGACUUUAUUUUUUUUUUUUUUCUGUUUUCGUUUAGACCGAGCAUUGUUCAUGUAGUUUCCUGUUCUCGUGUUAAACCAGUUUACUGUCUGUGGUUGAUGCAGAAUUUCCUACUGAGAGCAGCCUCUCAUGUACUGCAGUCCACGUUUGUUGUAAAUACAGGAGAACCAGAGUCGUCUGUCUGUUCUUCACCUUCACAGCUGAGUCUCCUGGCGUACUACAAUUAAUGGUCUCAUCCUCUCACAUUUAAAGGCCACCAGACACGUUACUGUCAUUUGUACAGACUCCUUGAAUUUUACAAAUUAAGAACCACUUAUGUUUCUAGGCUUACCCAUAAAAGCUUUUUAAAACUCAAGCUAAUUGUAUUUUAUUUUGUAUUUUCUAACGUGUAAUAAAAAUCAUUAUUGGGAGGUUUGGCCAGAAUAUGUAAUGCAUUUAAUUGAAACAGAAUAAAUAUUAAACGUGUA